AUGUCUAUUGCCUCUCUCUUGGGCAACGAAUCACCUAGCACAGAACAGAUGCCAUCAAUAAAGAAAGAGUCUCGAUAUAAUAACCCAAAUGAUCCGUAUGAGGGCGCAAUGGAUUAUCCUCAAUAUGGAGUAGAAAGUGAAAAUUUAUCACGAAAAACGCAUAAACGGCUGUCGGGAAGUUCGUCCAUGCCAUCAAUGAGUGCGAGAGUCUCUCAGAAAAGCACACAAAAACAAUCAAAACGACCGUCACCAGAAACACCAGACUAUUCACGAGCGAAAAUGUUUCGUACAGAUGAAAUGUCACCCCACACACAUCAAGUAUCUGGUAAACUGUCUGAAUUGAUGGAUCCAGCAACGUCCGAAGAUCGAAAACCGGUCGUGGGUUCAGGAUCACAUCAAGUUGAAUGGGAACGGUCUCCACAGUACACACAUGGUCGUCGAUUGUCAAACAGCCCCAUGAGCGAGCCCCACGCCAAUAGAUAUCAUCCUCCGCAACCAGUCCCAAAAAACUCUUCGGCAUUUAAUGAACCAGGAAAACCAUCUAAAUAUGGUCCGUACGAUAAUAGACCUCAAUUGAAAUCGCCGCCGCAAGUGCAAAAUGGAUAUCCUAGUAUUGGCAUGCAUACAUGUGAACAGCAAGACUCACUUCAUCAAUCACAUGUGCAUCAAUCGCAUUUACAUCAAACUCAAAUGCAUCACCCUCAGCCUAAUGGACUUUUGGGAUCCAGAGAACCUAGCGCCUUUACAAACAUCUUCCCCAAGAAAUAUCACGAAAUGAAGAGCGAUCCUAAGUUAAAGCGGAAUGCCACUCAUGCAUAUAUCACAUACAUGAUAUACACAAAUCAAAUGUCUCAAGAACGAAUAAAAGAUUCAAUGCUACCACAAGCGCAGCAAAUCGCUCCUCGACCACCUGUUAUGCACAAUAGUACAUCGCCACUUAUCAACAAUGACCACAUGGUUUCAGACUCGGAUGGCCAAAUGAUUACACCUAAUGGAGUUGGAAUAUAUGGAUCACGAGUCGAUCAUCCUAACUACUCAAUGUCGAAUCACGGAGUAGGAUAUCCUCAUCCAUCCGAGCAAAUACAUCGACGAUCAUCAGCACCAGUACAUGCAGAGUCACCAACACCAAUAAUUUCCAAUCCACGCAGUCAGGUUUAUCAUCCCCAUCAUCGCCAACCACCGCCACCGCCACCGCCAGCGUCUGUUAACGCUCCGUCAGUCAUGCCACAACCGCCACCAUCACAACCUCAAUCACAACAAGCACGACAUUCAAUACAUCCGCAUUCUCCGGGUCUGUUGCCAGUACAGCAACAAGCGCCACCGCAUCCCCAUGCGGUGAACGCUCCACCUCCAGCACCUAAUCGUCAUUACUCGCUCCCCGACAUUCGCACUCCGAUGAACGAUCAACCACGCCCUCCAACACUAUCACCGACUUUACGCGGUAAUUCAUCAUCUCUUCCUCCAAUCCAACCAGGCGCAUCUCACCAAUCGCAUUCUAUGCAUUAUCCUCAGCAAAAUUCAACACAGUAUAUGCCUUCACCUGGACAACCAAUAGGUCCUCCGACUCAACCAUCGCAACCACCGCCGGGCGCACAUCCAUAUCGUGAUUCUGUUUCGAAAACGCACGCACACCCAUCAUCCAUGCCUCAGUCGCCGUCGUUAAAUCCAUCCGUGUCUCGAUCUUCCGCGCCUGCGGCUUAUUUACCUCACAUACCGCCGCAACCAGCAACCCGCCUGCCUUCGGUAAAUAUGCAGUCGGGUGAUCACAAUGUGCCAAAUAAUUCUCUCAUGAUGAAUCAGCCGCCGAUGAGUAGCAAUUUUCUAAGGCAUGAUGGUCCUCAGGGACAGAAUCCCGGAUAUGUUGGAAAUAAUGUUAACGGACAUCCGCAUCACGUGAAUAUAGGUAAUGUCCAAGUUCCAGUGGGUGGUGGCGGCGUACCGUUGGGACCGCCGAUGAAUGGACGAGUUGGACAUAAUGGAUAUUAUCAUUAA